CCAUGCGUUUUUAACAUUAUUUUUAAUUAUGACGUCUUCUCGAAAGUCUUCCGUUGGAGGAACAAAAAAGAAAAGCAGUGCUAAAAUAGAACUAACUGCUGAGCAGAAGAAGGACAUUCAAGAUUCAUUUAAUCUUUUUGAUCAAGAUGGUACAGGUUUUAUCGCAGCGAGGGAUCUUAAGGUUGCACUCAGAGCACUUGGGUUUGAACCUAAGAAGGAAGAAAUCAAGAAAAUGAUAUCUGAGAUCGACAAAGAAAAUACAGGCAAAAUUGCAUUUGAUGAUUUUUUAAAACUGAUGGCUGAAAAAAUCAGUGAUAAAGAUGCUAAUAAAGAAAUUCUGAAAGCAUUCCAACUGUUUGAUGAUGACAGCACAGGGAAAAUUUCGUUCAACAACCUAAAGCGUGUAGCAAUGGAGCUGGGAGAAAACAUCACCGAUGAAGAAUUGCAAGAAAUGAUUGAUGAAGCUGACCGAGAUGGUGAUGGUGAGGUCAACCAAGAGGAAUUUCUUAGAAUUAUGAAAAAGACAUGUCUUUAUUAAAGUUUGAUUUCCCUUCACUUUUAAUCUUUUUUUUUUUU